AUGACACUAUCAGACGACGAAAGCAAUGGCGUCUUCGACAUCGAUGAAGAGCUAGUGCCAGUGCGAGAGCUCAAGCAAGCUGGCGUCAUGGAAGUGACCUUUGAUGGUUUGCUAAGCACACCCCUGAGAUUGGAGGAAGAUCUUAAGAAAGGGUGUGGUGGCAUGUUGUGGCCUGCUGGUAUGGUGAUGGCGAAGUAUUUGAUCAGACAGGACAAAGAACUGUUCAAGGAUAAAACGAUAGUCGAAUUGGGUGCUGGAGGUGGUUUAGUCGGUCUCGCCGUGGCGCUAGGGUUUCACCUGGACCACCCUCUCCAUCUCACAGAUCAAAUACCCAUGCUCGCCUUAAUGGAACGCAACAUAGCCCUCAACAACCUCCAACCUCAAGUCAAAGCCUCAAUAUACGAUUGGGGCGAGCCAGCACCAGAAGCUAUACCUCAGCAUCCAGACAUCAUUCUAGCAGCCGAAUGCGUCUACUUCGAACCUGCAUUCCCACUCUUACAGCAAACGAUGAAGGAUCUGAUAGGUCCGAACACGAUUUGCUAUUUCUGCUUCAAGAAACGCAGAAGAGCGGAUAUGAACUUUGUCAAGGUUAUGAAGAAGAUGUUUUUGGUGGAGCCGGUGGAGGAUGAUCCGGAUAAACCGAGUUGGUCGAGGGAGAACCUGCAUUUGUGA